AUGCCACCUGCGUCGCCGCUAUCCUUCUCCCAGCAUCACCGUCAUGUGGAUGACCUCCCAGCCGAGGUCCUAGCGGUCGUGUUUGAACUGAAGCUCUACGAGGACGACUUCCUUCUCAUGGGAAGCAGUAUAGCCAGACGGGGCCCUCCUCGCCCGGUCAUCGAUAUCUCCCACGUCUCCCGUCGCUGGCGAAGCGUGGCGAUCUCUUGCCAAAGGCUCUGGUCGACGGCUUUGCCUUGCGGCAGUCUUCAAUGGACCACCCUCUGCCUCACCCGCUGCUCAACUGCAUCUUUUGAGCUUGCGGUGAGCGGUUUGGAUCUCGUCGCCAGCGGAGAGUAUAGAUCCGCAUAUGAGCUGGUUCUUCCGCACCUGUCGCGUGCCAGAGCUGUUGUAUUUGACCUGGACACCGAAGCCUAUCCGGGCCAGUAUUCACUCAAUGAUUUAUCGUCGAAUGCUCUGCGGGCGUUAUUUGAUAAACUGUCCACUACUCAGAUGCCUCAAGCCCGGACGCUCGAGGUUUUCCACUCGAUGGAAUCCAAGGCACUCGAGGACAUACCGAAGUUAGAACUCGCGAAGACGAUGUCGGCUUUAACGGACGUCUGGCUCACCGGGAUCGUCUACAGGCCAUCUGGUGGCAGGCCGAUUUUCCCUACGGGGCUAAGAUCCCUAUAUCUAUCGGACAGUCAGUGCUGGUGGACGGUAGAUGAGAUGAUCGACGCUCUCGGAACAGUGCCAAUGUUGGAAUACUUCGCGUGCUCAAUCGAGCCGUGGACGUACAAACACAAAGUGGCUCCCGUUCUAUCCCGUGUUCAUCAUCGCCGCUGUGUCCAGUUGAAAAGGCUCCGACACUUUACCUCCUCCUGCGGCUCUUUCAUACAAAGCAUGCUCCUCUUUCAGUAUAUAUCUUUUCCUUCGGAUGCCGAUUUACGCAUCUUGUUUUCGCGCACCCCCGAGGACGAAGCCGCGCAAAUCCGGGCCCACCCUCGCUUGGUGGGAGAGCUCCUAUCGUCAAGUGGAGAUCUCGCUCGUGCCCAUUUUGCUCCUGCAAUCGAUCGAGGCGCAUUCUACCCAUCUCUCGUUCUGGAGGAGGAGUGCAUCAAGGUCUGGCAGUGCCAUGAUUGCGGCACUCAUUCCGCUCCGAUCCUCCCGGACUCAUCCAUGGCCACAGAUGUCCUACCUCGCAAUAUCGAACUGGGUCUCUUACAAAUCACCCAUGAGGAGGCUCAGAAUAGCUGGUAUCGCCACCCUGUCAAUCCACUGUCGCCUGUUUACAAUCGAAGCCGCAUCCUCACAGUGUGGGCGUCACUACCCAUCCUAGCCCGUACCCGGGUUCUUCACUUUCAACCUUCCUUCGUGUUCGACGCCCACUCACUCAAAUUCUUGGCACGCUUCACGGAUGUCGUUGAGUUACACUUCACAUCCUGGCCGCUAUUCGUUGAGCGCUUUCACGAGCUGUUGAAGCACGCAAACUUUUACUCGUAUCGUUCGCGCAUCCCGAAUGCACCGAACUUGUUUCCCUCCCUUAGUACUAUUCACGUCCAGUGCGGCCCGGACUUCGUCGCGCUGGGCCUAACGCGGACAGACUUCGAUGUUGAUCUCCCGCAGUUGAUUCGGCUUGCAGAUGAGCUCCUCUUACGAUGGCGGGGCUCAUUGCGGCACGUCGUCUUGCACAAUUCACAAGCACUUUCGAACGGAGCCACCGCAAUCUCCCUGCUCAAUAGCAUCCUUGGAGGAGAACGUGUCAUUUGUCUCCAUGAGGAUCUGUCGUGCUCUAAGCCCAGUGAUAGGCGCCCCGACGAUAAUGAGCAAAAUAGCAAGGCAGAAAACGACGAUGGUGGUGACAGCGAAGGAGCAGAAACAGAAGGCGACGAGUUCGGCGGUGGCCGCGUCGACGAUAGCGGUGCUGAGGACGCCGACAUACCCGAAAGCUCGAGGGUAUUAGAGUAUGAGGAUGUUAUGAAUAGAGUACUUGGAGAAGACGACAAUGAUAAGACACAUGUUCAUUAG